AUGUUGAAAAUCUUGAUUCUCCUAAAUAUUUUUUGUCUGAUUCCUCUCGCAACAUCGGAAUAUUUCCAAAGCUGUGAAAAAUGUGCAAAUCUUGUGCAACAAAAUGAUAGGGCUAAUUUCACCGGCCUAAUUCAGAGCACCGAAAAAGAUGACGUAAAUUCUCAAAAAAAAUUUCAUUAAAAUUGAAUUUUCAUUAAUUUCAGGUUUGUUCAUUUGAAUAUUAUACGCUAAUUAAUCCUGUGCCGUGUCAAAUAAAAAGUCGAAAAAUUUUCGAGGAAAUUAAAAAUUCUGAAAAUUUGGCUGAAAAAUGUUUGGAAUUGGGGUACUGUAAAUGA